AUGAAGGAUAAUAGCUGGCAGAUCAUUGCAGCCGGCAAUGCUUUUCUCGUCAAUGUACACGGUGAGGUGUUUAACUCGCUUCACGCUAGCUCUGGCACUGCAAGUGAGAAUACAGUCAUCGACGCGCCUGGAUCUUGUUCCAACACCAAUGGCGAGAAGAUGAUUUACGGAGCUCCAAUCCAGACCGACGUUGUCGGCGUUGUUUCCUCGGGGUCUUUUCAUGACCAGGCCGACAAGGGUUUGGAGAGUGGGGCAGUACACAGACGACUGGGUCUCUGUUGCAGCGCUUCAUUCAGAUGACGAGUCGAGAUCAAAGAGCUACUUUACCCCGCUGCAACUUGUUUGACGUGACAACGUCGUCUGCUGGAGGGUUGAAACCAUCUGCAAGCAUGUUGAUAUCAUCCGUUGGCUACAAAAUGUUGAUAGUACCCGCUUUCCGGCCGUUGCAGCAUUAGGUCGACUUUGACUUGAACGAGCUCCUUCCAAGGCACUCCAUGAGUGCGUUUUCUCGACCGGUGGAGCUGACAGGAACAACUUGCGCACACGAACCGAUAACCUCCGCGCGGAAAUGCAUGUGCCGCUUAAAACAGUAGGAAGGCAGCGAAAUCGGCGCGUACUCACUGCGUCAUGGCAUGGUAAUGUACUGGUGCUGCAUUGGUUAGCUAGCUUACGAUUGCCGCGUCAUUAAUAUAAACAAUAUAGUAC